GUGCGAAUCUCAAUCUCACGAAUCAAUCUUGCAUUGCACAGACGUGGUAUUUUUUUCAUUUAGUAUCCAGUGGUUCUAUGCCUACUUCCACAAGGUUUUUGUUUUAGUUUAAGGGGGCCAGCCACUGGCCGUUGAACUAUUUCAAUGCCGUGAAAAGUAGAAUCACGAUGAGCAAAAUGUCCAAGAACAAAUUGAACCUGACCCUCCCACCGGGGUCUAUAGACACGGCCCCGGCCGCGACUCCAUCGAACAUGACUCCGCAGUUGAAGUCCGCCACAGCCACUGAUCGAAUGACGGGCCUCGCUGGAAAAUCGAAGAGCAGCAUCGAGGUCCUCACGGAGAGGCUGGAACAGAUCGAGAUGGACGACACCCAGCGACGACGGAUAGAAGUGUUCCUCUGCCAGAAAGAGAAGAUCGGAGAGCUGAGCGACGACGACUUUGAGAAGCUCGGCGAACUUGGUCAGGGCAACGGUGGCGUCGUAAUGAAAGUCCGCCACAAGUCAACCGGCCUAAUCAUGGCGCGCAAGCUCAUCCACCUCGAAGUGAAGCCAGCCAUCAAAAAACAGAUCAUCCGAGAGCUGAAGGUCCUACAUGAAUGCAACUUCACCCACAUCGUUGGAUUCUACGGGGCGUUCUAUAGUGAUGGAGAAAUCUCCAUUUGCAUGGAAUAUAUGGAUGGCGGCUCUCUGGAUUUGAUUUUGAAGAAAGCUGGCAGGAUUCCGGAGUCAAUUUUAGGAACUAUAACCUCAGCAGUACUGAAAGGGCUGAGCUACCUGCGCGACAAGCACGCCAUCAUGCACCGCGACGUGAAGCCUUCCAACAUUCUAGUGAACAGCAAUGGCGAGAUCAAGAUCUGUGACUUUGGUGUCUCCGGGCAGCUUAUUGAUUCCAUGGCCAACUCGUUUGUUGGCACCAGGAGUUAUAUGUCGCCGGAGCGUCUACAAGGCACGCAUUACUCGGUGCAGUCGGACAUCUGGUCGCUGGGGCUGUCGCUGGUAGAGAUGGCUAUCGGCAUGUACCCCAUCCCGCCGCCCGACGCCAAGACCCUGGCGCACAUCUUCGGCGCGCAGAACGAGGACCACUCCCCUGGGCAGUCCGUCUCAGCCAUCCCCGCGCCGAACUCGCCGCGGCCGAUGGCGAUAUUCGAGCUCCUCGACUAUAUAGUCAACGAGCCGCCGCCCAAGCUGCCUUCCGGUCUGUUCUCCGACCACUUCAAGGACUUCGUCGACCGCUGCCUCAAGAAGAACCCGGAUGAGAGGGCCGACUUGAAGACCCUUAUGAACCACGAGUGGGUGCGGCUGGCGGAGGCGGCGGGCGUGGACAUCGCGGGCUGGGUGUGCAAGACCAUGGACCUGCUGCCCUCGACACCCAACUCUAACGUGUCUCCUUUUUCUUCAUAAGCUGCAAGAAGUGCAUAAUUUCAACAGCGAAAAAGGGUCAAAACAUUUCCCAAGAAAGAGCGGGCGACACGAUCAGUGAAGAUUCGGGGUCCGAAGAGCAUUGAGGUCGGACAGAGAUAGCAGUAUGUCAACUCUAGAUACCAUUUCACUCACACGUCCGGCACUGUCAGGGCGAACUACCCGAUGAUUGACAGUGAAGCCAGUCGUUGGCUCCUAUUUUUGAAGGAAAGCCUAGGGUGCCGACGAUGGGGUAGUUUCCCUCUAUGUAACGCACGGUUGACACCUGUCAAGGUGUCAGCUGCGGGUGAUACUGUGUCGGGCGCUACUGAAGUCAUGUUUGACGCGGUCAGUUUAUAACACUUUAUACUGCGAUAAGUUGAUAACUAGUGUCACCUUUAUGGUUUAAAAAAAAAUGUGCGGUACAUAUUUGGUGGGAGCGACAUUUUUAAUGCCUACAAAUAAUCAUUAAUACAAAUCAAUCAUUGUUAAUAGAAUACUGAGACUACGUAGUUCGGUAUCUCGUUGAAGAAACAAGGGUGAUAUAUUGUUGCCGUAUCUAUAUCGUAACAGUAAAUUGUUCAUUCUCAUAUAUGAAAAAAAAAACGAAUGUUUUCAUUAGUUUGCUUUAUUAUAUCGCCAAGCCAAAAUAAAUGAAUGGAAUAUUAAUGUUACCUUCAUUGGCAAACUGACUUUACAUUCGGUAGCUAUUCAUUAAUAUUGCAACUUGCUGGUUGUGUAAAAUGUACCAUGUUUUCAUAAUUGUAAUCGAAGACGAAAACACGAAAUUAUAAGGAAUAAUGUCACGAACUGAAAAUCGAUCGAAGGCAAAGCGAACUGACCGCCGUCCGUCACAACUGAAACAUUAAACGAAGCAUAUCACAAAACAAUUUGUACGCAUCGGGAGAACUGGCAUCAAAUACUCAAAAUUGAACAUUUAAUUUCUAGAAUUGGCUAAAUUAAGGUAAAUUUCUUAGGCAUUUCGAGUGUUACGCUACACUUGGAAACUAAAUGUGUUUAGUUUUUGGGACUUCUAUCCAUAUAUCCCGUAUAUGGUAUAAGAUAGUGCCACCGAUGGUAGUGUGUGGUGACACCGAUAGUAGGAGUAAUUAUACUAAAACAUAGUGCAUUCGUGGACGAAUCGAGGUUUCGCAACGUAAAACUACUAAUUGAUAAAUGGUCAAGUAGAGUUGAUUUCACUAGUCGCAAGUCGUAAAAUGUUAGUAGUGUUUUGACAUAUUUUUCUUUGCUGAAAGUGCGUGAUUCAUGUCAGCUGAUACUCGUUAUUUGGAUAAUUUAAAGGAAGCCGCAGCACUCAAACGGGGCCGGCUCUGCUUCCGUGGGACUGUUGCGGCAUCCGUCUUUUGUAAUCUGUAAAAUACAGUCAUUUGUAGACUACACGAAAAAAAUAAAAUUAUAAAAAAAAAUAUAUUCGGUAGCAGGGGGAGGUAUAUCAAUAAAGAACAUGCCAUUCAAAGCAGCGUCCCUCACAAUAAGGUUUAUGUCUGGCGAUUUUUCCUUGUAAUUUAGCUUAGCAUGUAAAUGCGCCAAAUAUAUAUCGCCUAAUAGAUAUUCUUGCAUACGAAGAUUUUUAAAUGAAUCGGUUAAUUUUUCUGUGAUAAGAGUUUACGCUUAUAAUACGGAAACCCAUUGGUUCGGAGAAACGAUGCUUUGUAUGGAGGUGUACAGUCUUUAUUGACUUACUCCUCCCUGUUGGUAGUUACGUUUUUCCUCAUAUUUUGACGUGAUGCACUACUUUACGUUUGGUUUGUGUAUGGUAGCUUCGUUUUAGUCUUGUUUUGUCCCGAGCACGUGUUUAGUUAUAUAGUGUGAUGUGUUGUGUGUGUGGUUAGUUGGCUGCGUUCAGGCCCAUAAACUAUAUUGACACUAAAGUUGCCUGCUGCUACGUAAUAUACGACGAUAUCGCGUCCGAAAUGACAAUCAAAAUUUAAUUCUAUAUUUAAAAUGGUCGUUUUUUGGCUAGCAAAUUAAGUCCUCAGGUGUUAAUAGUCAAUUUUUAGAUCUCUUUUCAACAUUAUUUCAACAUUAGCGUCAAAAACGUAACGACAUCAUCAUUAACAACAUCACAAAAACAUCACAAAAUGUAUGAAAAUGAUAGGUUUCUAAAAUUGAGUUAUAUGUGGCAGGCAACAAUAUGCAAAUUGGAUUCAUAUGAGCAGGUACAAAGUAUUCACUAAUUUGUAUUCAUUUAUACACUAUCAUUUUACCACAAAAAGGGUAGCCAUAACCCGAAACACGUGGGUCUAAUGAUAAAUAAGUUUGAAAUAAAAUAGACAAAAGUAUCAAAAUGUAGGGUAAUAUUUUUAUGGGUCUAUAUCGCGCCAUACUGGCCUGUCUACACAAGCUUUUCGUUUUUUUCUCACUCGCCGAUCGCCUUCCCCGCACGUAUGAUUGUUGAGUAUGUUCCUUUUCGCUUGUCAUUAUUAUUUGCGGGUAACCUCAAUUAGAGUUUAUUUAUGUGAAAUGUGAAAUGGGUCUUACAGCGGUUCCACUUACGUGGUAUAUUUGACCUAAGUGAUUCCACUACGAAUGUCCCUUUUACUAAAUAAUAACACAUUUAAUUGUGAUAAACGUUUUAUAAGUAUGCGUGUCUUUGUGAUUCAUGAUUUUUUUGCUGUGUUUAUGAUUAAAAAAAACUCGCUUAAAUGCCUUCGAGGUAGGUUCUAUUUAUAUAAUUCUCCCUAGAUGAUUAUAAUUGUUUUAAAUUCCUAUUUGUUAUAUUUUGUAUAUAAAAGGUUGACAUACUAAGGAUAUACAUUAGUUAUUGUGUAAGCAGGAUUGUAUCCUCGAUUUACAGUUAGAUAGUUUUCAAAUAACUAUGUCAAAAUUUGUUGUUUAACUAAUACUAAAUUAUGUUUUAUUACAUAUUAAAUCACAUUUACAGUCGGGUCUAUCGCGAAUUUAUUUUGUUAUUUUGUUACCUUUAUUUACCGAUGUUUCGACACAGGUUUCACUGGUCGUGGUGUCGUGGUCGCCAAAAAGCGUAUAAUCACUAGUGGUCGCGGCUAACUGACGUCCCAGCAAAAUGUCAAAACAGAGAUUUGUGUGACUACCCGACGAAGUGUAUGAAAAAGUGGGGUAGACAUCACAUUUUCAAACCACGCACUACAUAUAAAUGUAAAUUUUUGUCAAUAGUCCGACACGCAACACACAAUAUCCACGCACACAUCCGAAGAAUCCAGAUCCAAGGGACAGCCAAGGGAUCUACCCUUGGCUUUAACUUCUGGAUCACUGGUCUCCAAGUUGCCGAUAAGUUAAAACCAUCUUCCAUAUUAAAAUUUCUCAGCUCGAGGAUAAUAAUGGCGUUCAGUGGAGACAACUUUUGUUCUAUGAAGCUCAAUCCAGUGAUCCGGAAAGGUGUUCGGAUGUAAGACCCGAUUGUAAAUGUGAUUUAAGAGUCCCCGGCAAGCUCGGUUCUCCAUACAAAAAAACUCAUUUUAAAAAGACUAGCUAGAUUGCUCUGGAACUUUGCACUUACAAUGGAUAAGGUAUAUCUAUGCCUAUAAUUAGUUUAUAUAGCUUCAGAUACCAUACAUAAAAAUACAGCGAAUUUAAGUUUUUCAUACAAAACUUGUUUUUGCUCUAUUGCGUUUGUUUUAUAAGCUACCUCAUGUCAUUGUAUGUGCAAAGUUUCAUUACAAUCCAACACGUAGUUAUAAAAUGAGAACGAAACUCUGUUUGUAUGGGAAGGUGAAAUUCGGUCGAGCUUGCCGUGUACUCUUAUGUGUUCAAAACGCGAAAGUUUUAAAUGUUAUGUUUUAUUAUUCUAAAGCAUAGUUUAAAAUAGGACCAACUUUUCUCUAUCGACGUUGUGCUAACGACUUCUAAAAUACGCGUUCUGCGCUACAGUCAGUCUUUUAGAUACCGUCAACCGGGGUGAAUAGGGAUGGCUGGGGUUAAUAGGGACAAACCGUAAAAUGUGAUUUACCUGACAAUUUCCAAAAAAAUAUCCACAUAAAUUAAAUCAUUCGAUUGAAAAUAACAGUAGAUUUUGUAUGAUACAAUUUGUGUGGGUAGUUAUUAAGAAAUAGUCAGGUAAAUCACAUUUUAAGUUUUGUCCCUAUUCACCCCGGUUGACGGUACUCGUUGCAAAAAGUCAGUGUGCGAAGGUUUUACUGCCUUGCUAACUCAUAACAAACGUAUGUUAUAAUAAAAAAACUGAUUCAAAUAUAUUGUUGUGCUGCAGAAUGCCUACUCGUAUUACGAACAAAUAUUAUCAUGUAACAUACGUUUGUUAUGCGUGGUUGGGCAGACACCAAAUGUCUAAAUUAAAUUAAGAAAACCUAUACCUGCAAUAUGUGUGCAAUUUUAUAAGCGUCGUUUUUAAACUAAAAUAAGAUUUGAGUUCUUUCAAGAGCUUUGAAACCUCAUAAGUAUUUACCCUAUGUGUUAAUUUUAGAUAUUUAAAUAUGUUGAAAUACAUUUCAACGUCCGGUUCACGAGGCUUUAAUCUAAGCCGAAAUAAGUAUUUUCUAUCCUAAUUAAUAAAUCGGACAUAUGUAGGUAAUUGUGUAGAGAAAAAGGCUUCACCUUGUCGUUAGUCUUAGUUUACUUUUUAAUUGCCUAUUUAUGACAGCGCCUUAUUGACGGUGGAUUUUAAAGCAGAUCUUUUGGAUAUGCACAAAAUAAUCUUCCAAAUUUGCCAAACACUAUGUACCACUCUAUCCAAGUUUUAAUGUAUUUCUUGAUGGUAAUAAACUGAAAAUAGGUGUCAUAUAUUAAAAUAACAGUGGUGAAGGUCGGAUAAACAAUUUUCCUGGCGGUUCAAAUUUUCUAUGGUGUUGGUCUUUAAGAAAUUAGUCUAUUGCGAGAUACCUAUUUCAGGGUAAACUAAUAUUGUUGGCACCGCCGUUUAUUUCCAUUCAUUGAUUUUUAUCAAGGAGUGUCAGUAAUCGGGUAGUUUACCUUAUAUCAAAGAUUCGUUUAUUGUAUUAUAUGUGAAUUCUACGACAAAUUCGUUCAUAGUUCGUUCUUCGAGUUUGACAACUAAUGUAGAUGGCGCUAUCUUUAGUUAUCAAACUCAGGAGCACGAAUUUUUCUUUCACAUUACACAUCUUACACGAUCAAUGAGUCUUUGCCCUAUAACAAAAUAGUUCAAUCUUAUGACACCAGUUCGUUAGAAUUUCAACUUAGUUUCUAAGAAACAUCGUGACACCAAUUAUUUCUCGUAGAGAAAUUAUUUAUUUUUGGAUAAGUGAUAUUACUUGCAUUUUAUUAAUUUAGCGUACCGUUUUAGAUGCAUUUUAGCUUUUCAUAAUUUGUUUUGCUCGCAGUUAGUUUUUAUGCGCUUAUAAGUCUUAUAACGUAAACAGAUUUUAGUUCCUUUUAUUUAAUAUUAAAAAAGGGACCUUAGUGACAUGCGAUUGGCAUAAUCACCGUAUGUGCAUUUGAGAGCGAAAUAAAUUGUAUACAUUUCUCACAUACCAUAAUUGACGGGCCCAGAUUAGAAUCUUAGUAAGGGCAAUGUCUUAUGAACAUUUUAAUAUUUUCUUGAGUUAACAACUUAUAUUCAAUCGCGCGUCAAUCUAACAAACGUUGAUAAUCCUUUGUCGCUAUCAAAAUAAGCAUAAUUCCACAGCCAAACCGUGGAAUAAACUGCCGCCUGCCAGAACGAUACGAUUACGACCUUCAACAGAAGAGCGUAGUUCCAUUUUAAAUAAAGCCCGGCAAAGCACUUGCAACCGGAACCCUUUGUUUGACAUAAUUAUUGAAAGUCAUAAUGUAAUGAUUGUCAGAUUAUCAUAAGUCAUAAUUCUGAAACCGUUAACUUUUCAGGAUCUUCGUAAGGUUAUCCUAUAGAUAGGUUAUAGGUUUGGUUUGUUUUAUGGCAAUGAAAAAUGAGGAAAACCUCUGGUGUUGCAGGCGCAUAUGGGCGAUGGUAUUUACUUACCUCGUUUCUUGUUCGUUUACCUCCUAUAUCAUAAAUUCAUAAAACUAAUAGGGAUUUUGACAUUUUUGUUUGUAAGAAGCAGACAAAAUUUUAUAGUUUUGCAGUUUUAUGACUUAAGUGUAAGGGGUGAGUAUAUUACCUUUUACAUAUUAAUCAUUUUAUGUUAUCGUCUAGGAUGUGAAUAGAACUCUUUUAUUAUUAUUAUAUCCUCCUAAGUUCCCGAAUCAUUAGUAUCGUUAUUGACUUGACUUGUUAAAUCAAAGUUAAAAUUACGUUUUGAAUUAAAGCCUUUAAAAGGGCCUCAAGAGGAUAGAGCUUUAUUUGACACGCACGUACGGUGGUUCCGAACCAUAACGUCUUUAAUUACAUUCCACUAAGGUCCGUUUUCCUUUUACGACAUACAUUUUUUUUUAUUGACCAUUAAGACAGGACUCUGGUGUUUUUUUAAAUCUUGUAUGAAAUCGCGUCCAACUUCGACUGUUUAAUAUAUAUUGCUACGUAAAUGUAUUGUUUCGUAACUUUUUAUUAUUUUGUAUAAUAUUAAGCUUCUAUGUUAGGUGUAGUCAUAGUUAUGUACAAAAUAUAUAUUAAUGGAAAACGAUAAA